CCCCAAUACAAUACGCUUGCUAAUUAAAGGCUCGUCAGCCGUACGUCUUACCAGGCAGUAGAAAAGCUGCGAGUAAGAGAAAUAUAAGCUAGAACGCUAAGGCAGAUAAGUUGCCAACCCUUUACAAUGAAAUAAAUGUUGCUAUUUAUACCACCAAUGGGUAGUUGGGUAUGCUGACGUGGAGGCCUGUGUGUGGCUGGUGUCCCAACCACCACAUCUUCAGCAUUAAAUGCGCUUCCCGCCAGAAUCUGGGUUUCCCGCUUAAUUUGUGGAGACGUACGUCCAGCUGGGAUGGGGGCCUGCUCCUGAUGAUGCUGCAAAGGGCAGUGGGCCAUUCGUAUCCUAGCCCUUAGAGGAUUUGUCACUUAGAUUGGAUUGGCAUCAAGUGGCUUGUAGCUUGAGGUGGCGACGCUCGUCGCCGCCAUAUAUUGCUUGUGGGCCUGAUUCACCAUUAUCUGUCUGGAUGUUCGUCGGGGUGGGCUUACCUUGUUGAAUGGGACGCUCGUCCGAAUGAGGGGUGGAUGGGCCGGCCCUUUACUUGGGCCAUUAACCCAACACAAGUCCCCCACUUCUGAUGUUUUGAGCAUGCGUGGAACAUAAAGAAGUAUACUGCUUCUCAGGGGUGAGACGUUCCUGGCGCGGGGCUACGCUUGCCUCGGAGAUGGAUGUUCCUCACCAUGGUGUUUCUUAAUUGGUGACGGUCCAGGAAUCGAGGUGACGGCUGCCGCAGAAACGGUGCGUUUCCCGAAGAAAGGUCAUCAUUACAUUCCUUACUCCACGUGCGACGCGUGUUCCCGGGUACGCUCCUCGCCACGCGUCACCUCCCUAUUGGUUUCACAAAAUGGUGCCUCCCUUAUAAAUACCAGGAUUUCCCAGAGGCUUACGGUUCCCGAUUUCUGCUCUCUCGCUCUAGAAUCUCCGCUGCUCUGCAAUCAGCUCGUCGACAAGGUUCUCGGCUUGCUUCCGUUGUUCCCAAGGUAAUUUUGGUUUUAUUUUCCCCUUCUUGUAACCCCUUUUUGGCUCUUCAAAUGACUUCAAUGGAGAUUUCGUCGAGUUCUGGUUUGGGCUCUUCUUCCGGAUCCACUUCUGGCUCUGAGUCCGGCUCCCGUUCUUCUAAGGGUGUCAGUACCUCCGGCUGCUCCGGCUCCCCACCCGUUGUAGGGACGGUUAUUCAGGAUGACAGCCUUGGUACCUCUACCUCUGCGAGCGCCACUUCAGCUAAAAAAAUUCAAGAUGACGCUACCUCCGGGGGGAAUGGGGGCGACGCCCCCCAGGAGGGCGCAGUCCAGAUGGUUAUAGAGAACGUGGCCGCCGAUGAUGAGCGUCCAGAAGAUUAUGAUUCGGGCAAUGAAGCCGUUGACGGGUCCGAUGUGGAGGUGUUUUAUUUGGGCCUCACGGUUGUCGUGGAGCGUCAUCUUUGCCCCAUAAAGAAUGCGAUUGGGAAUGAACAGUUCUUCUCAGACUUGGCUCUCAAGGAGCUUAGCAUCUACUUCCCUGAUCCGCUCGUCUACAGUCUCCGAGGUGCAACCCAUGUGAUGAGGAGACGCCCGGGAAUGGUUAUGGUGCACUUUGAUUCUAUCAGGGCCGGGCUGCGGUUCCCGCAUCAUCCCUUCUAUAUUGAAUUUUUUAGUUGUUUCCAAGUGGCUCCGGCGCAAUUCAUACCCAACUCCUAUCGCUUUAUUUCUUCAUUCCUCGUUCGUUGUAAGGCUGUUGGAGUAACCGCGACUCUAGAGUUGUUUCACUACUUCUUCCGGCUCACUCCCCAAAAUUCCGAUGGGUUUUUGAGCAUAGCCGCACGUCUUAAGCGGAAGCUCUUUGAGGGGGCCUCCGACGUCCAUCAAUGAAUAGAAGAACAAGUACUUCUUCGUCCGCUAUGCGGACGCUCGUCUGCCCAUCCGUUGGAAUGGGUAUCCCCCUAAGAUUGGUUCUCCGAAGUUGUCGGACGAGCUGGAAAAGCAAGUCGAGAAGAUGAUGGCGGAUGGGGUCCAGGAUGUGGAAGACCUUCUUACCUUUGAGAAGCUUGCCGAGGCUGGGAUAGGUAUCGCCCGAAUAUCUGGACUCCCCAUCCCUUCUACGUUCGUCUCCGGGAUCCGGGCGUUUCUGUCCUCCGAGGUGAGUACCUUAAGGGCCAAUGCCGCCCGGUACUAACUCCUUGUGUUUCUUGUUUCAGGUCCACCCCCAACUCAAGCCCAAAUGAACAAUGAGAAGCUUCUGAGGAAUAGGAAGGGCAAGGGUGCUGCCGCCGAUGCUGCGCUUACCAAGGCCAAGGCUGGCCAAGCCUCUGAGUCCAAUUCCUCAGCUUCUCAAGCCGAUCGACACACGGUUGAAGCGGAACAACAUCUGAUUGCCACGGUGAUGGAAGAGGGGUCCCAAGCCCCCAUUGUUGAAUCUGGCGUCCCCGAGGUUGUGGCGCCCCCGCAGACAGUCCCCCCUAAGGGCGAGGACAAAGCGAAAUAUAAAAGGGCGAAGAGGCCCCGUGAGGCUGGCUCUUCGGGCCCAGUGGUGCAGGAAACGACCACCCUCCCUUUGAGACGUCCGGCCACCGAUAUCUGGGAGGAAAUCGCCUCUUUGGUCGGGGUGGAAUUACCAGCCCGGACGUCCACCGAAGCCACCAGCGCUGCUCUGGCAGCCGCCCUUUCAUGUAAGUCGUACUUAGCGUUGAACAGAUGAUUAUGAGUUCCCAGAGAGCUGUACCCUUAUGCAUUUGCUCUUUUUUGUAGACUGGGCUUUGUGUUCUUCAAGCCGAGGCGGCUAGGGAUGUGGACGCCCUGCAGGCCAAAAACAAGGCAGAGGCCGCGCUGAAGAAGGCGCGUGAAGCCACUCGUCUUCACGAGAAAGAAGCAGCAGCAAAGGAGAAGGAGCUGUAGGCCGCUCUAAAGGUUAAGCAAAUGGUUGCCUUUGAGAAGGCCGGGUUCAAGCUUGCCCCGAUCCUUCCCGCCCCCAAGGAUGAGGCCCUUCAAUGGCUCGUCGAUUCCUCUGGGUAUGAAAAUACCGGGGCAUUUAUGAUCGCCGCCCAGAGGUACUGCGGGGGUGCAUUCGGCGACGUGUUCUCGGCCGAGCUGAAGAAGCAGAAGCCGAAGGACCGCCUGACGUUCGGGGUCCGUGUGCUUGAGAGUGCUCCCUUGUCCGACAAAUUUCAAUACGACGUCGGGGACAACUCCUUUGCCAUAGGUUACAACGAGGGGGUGAAGGCCUCAUUGCCCGUCUUCGUCGCGCUGUAAGGCCCCAGCUUCAACUUGGCCCAGCAUACUGAGGAUGCCGAGCUGAUAUGGGCUCUGGGUAAGCUGGGGAGAGAUCGGCUCCGCGAGGGGGCCAAGGCAAAGGGUGAAAUCCCGGAACCCCCUUCCCCCGAACCAGAGCUCGAAGAGGAGGAGCCCGCCCAGGAAGACGCUCGGCUGAGUCCCCCUUUUUUGUUGAUGUAAUUAAUCUUCCCUUACUUUUGGUUUGAUUGUAAAUUCCAGCCGGUAGUGCCGAGGAAUACAACCACAUUUUGCUCCACGAUUGUCUCUACGUUUGUGUUCUUUUACUUGUCAUUUCUUCAUGUUUGAUAAGUGUGUGCGAGACCCUUAUUUGAUCUUGUGCGUAGUUUUCCUUUGGUGUGCAAAAGGUCAUCCCCGAUGAUACUGGCAAUUUUGUUGGGCAUUACUUGGCCUCACAUCCUAUAUUUUGCCAAGUAUGUGGGGACGAGCGUAUCCGCCUGAUGUUUGUAUCCGGCGACGACGUUCUUCCAUCAUUGAGCUUGGUGUCGCUUAGCAUCAUAUUUUGUUAAGUACGCAAGUACGAACUUAUCUGUUUGGUGCCCAUAUUUGGUAGCGACGUCCGUCCGCUUUUGACUUUGGUAUUUUUCAGCCAUAUACUUGUACUUUCCGUGCCAAGCACUAAGGUCCAAAUUCCCUCGGAGACGCUCGUCCGCCCAACUCGCACUCUUUGGAGACGCUCGUUUUUUCCAAGCAUGUGGGGACGAACGUAAUUUUAGUGACAUGUGGGAACCCUUAAGGCAGAUGAGCCCAUUUUUUCUUUUGUACCCUUUGGGCGAGUGGCAAGUGCUUGGUGGUGC